CCAGCCAACACAGCUCUCGUAAUCACAACGUCAGACGAUGCCUAGUUCUCUCCCUGCCUUUGCCUGGUGCUGGUGUUUCGACGUGAGUGAGACUGGUUGUGGGACUUGUGGCUUUUGUUAGGUUUGCAAACCUGACGAGAAAUUGAGAGACUGGCUCUCAAUAUAAAGAUUGUAGUUUAUACCCUUGACGAGAGAGCCUUUUUUUUCUGACGAGAGAGUGGGACUGGCUAUAAAGCUAGUGUUAGCUUUCCCUGACGAGUGUCACUGGCUAUAAAGAUAGUAUUAGCUUUCCCUGACGACUGUCACUGGCUAUAAAGCUACAAUUAGCUUUCUUUGGCGAGUGUCACUGGCAAUAAAGUUAGUAUUAGCUUUCCCUGACGACUGUCACUGGCUAUAAAGCUUGUAUUAGCUUUCCCUGACGAGUGUCACUGGCUCUAAAGCUUGUAUUAGCUUUUUCCCUGGAGAAAGGGUGGGACUUGCUAUAAAGCUUUUUCGUGAGUGAGACUCUCUUCACACUUCGUUGGGCUCGGAAGAAGGUGAACGGGAAUCCAGAUAUGAGUUUAAUCGGACUUGGAACUUGCUCGCCAUCAUAGGCUUUUUCACCUAGCUGACAUCUCUAUCGAGAACAGAAGGUAAACACACAAAGUGACUCAGAGAUGGAUUUGGGCCUAAGAUGGUCGCUACUUGUGCUCGUCUUCCACCUGUCGUUCAAUUUACCUGUCCAGUCACAGAGGCCUCUCCUUGACAGAAAAGUAGCUGCCGUCCAAUUGGUCGGUGGAGAAAGCCCUACAGAAGGCAACAUCUUGGUGACGUCAGAGGCAGGCGGUGAAGGACGCCCUCUGUGCGAUGACUUCUUCGGAAUGACCGAAGCUAACACCGUCUGCAGGGCAUUGGGAUACCCAGGGGCGCUGCGGUUUACCCGUCGGAAUUUCUACGGAGGACACACCCAGCGCUGGACUCCAGAUGACUGGAAAGACAUGUAUGUGCUGGAAUGUCCUGAAGAAACUGGUAAUGACAAUGUUGAUCUGACCAGUUGUACACUGAACAGCAACACGCAAUAUUGUACAGGUGCUGAGGUAAUCUGUCGAAACCUAGGCUACGGGAGCGGCAUGAGCAUACCCUACACUAGAGCGUACUUCGGCGAGGCAGCAGCUGACAUCGGCGUCGAUAAUCUGGAAUGCACUGGGGAGGAAAACAGCCUUUCCAGCUGUCCUGGAUUCCUCUGGGGGGAGAGUGAUUGCGCCCACGCUGAGGACGCGGGCGUCUUCUGCCAUGAUGGGACGCUCAGUGUGCAGUUAGUGGAAGGCAGUACCCCCGGUUCCGGGCGAGUUGAGGUUAGUUCAAGCACUCUUCCUUCGCCUGCCAGCAUUUGCGACGAUGGCUUCGAUGAUUUGGAUGCUCAGGUGAUCUGUCGGAUGCUUGGCUACGCUGGAAAGGAUGCCGUAGCCCUGAGAGACUCCCAUUUCGGACCACCCACUGGAGAAGUCUGGAACAUCAUCCUGGAUUGCGUCGGCAGCGAGGCCACCAUCCAGGAUUGUAGGAUUAGAAUUGCGAACAGGACCUGCACGCAACAGCACACGGCCUCCGUUGCCUGCGUCAGAGGAACCUUCGUCGACGACCUACUGUCCAGAGUCCUUCCGUCCGACUGUGGGAAACCUCUGGAUGCCUCAGAGCAGUUCUUGACGGGUCUGGGCAAGGUGCGCGGCGGGAGGAUCUCCUCCAGGUAUGAUGUGCCCUGGCUGGCGUCGCUCCGGGUCAGAUCCAGAAACAGAUACAUCCAAGAAUGCGGAGCCGUCAUGAUAUCUGAAGACUACAUUACUCUCGGCUGCUCACUGCUUCGAGCUGCAAGGGAAACUCGAUUUCAUCGUGAGUAUCGGCGAUUUUAACACGAACUACGACGACAGUUCGCAGCAGGUGAGGAAGGGAGGAAUGCCGUGUUUUUCGUUUAUAUUCUCUAUCGACCAGCUGAGCUGCAAACACGCCUGGCGAAGGAUUUUUUCAUCGACAAACUUUGGAUAUCGGAACUCUUUGAAGAGACUGGUUUCGGCGACAACGAUAUUGCCCUUAUCAAGAUUGCGAGGAAACACGGCAGGGGAAUCAGGUUUGGGGGUCUUGUGAAGCCUGUCUGUUUACCAAAACUGGGAGAAACUUACGAAAAUCUCCACUCGUGUAAUGUGACUGGCUGGGGUGUUUUGUCAACUUCUCCAUUGGGCCAAAGGCGCUCUCUAGUCCCCAGAACAGCAGAAGUAGGCGUCCUUCCAGACGACGUGUGCGAGGGACGUUACGGCACGAGAAGGUUUUCCUCCUCCAGCGUUUGCUUCGGGAAGGCAGGAUUCAUCAACCCUUGCGCUGGGGACUCCGGAGGACCCCUCACUUGCAAGGACCAACUUGGGCGUCACGUUCUGUAUGGCAUCGUCAGCGUCGGGAAGGAUUGUAUCCCGCGGGCUAUUUUCCCCAAUGUUUACACUCGCGUGACGAAGUACCUGAGGUGGAUUCAGGAGACCAUCUACAAGGAUCUACGACUGUCGUACCCUUUCUUGUAGAAUGGUGGUAGCUGUUCAAGGAGGAAAUUUACCGUCGCACCUAUCGCUAGCUUACAUUUGCCUGUAGAAUGUGGAUAUCUAUUCAAGAAUGUGAUUUGCCCACAGUACCCUGACUAUCUUACCCUAGUUUGUAGACUGAUGAUAGCUGUUCAAGAAAGAAAUUUACCUUUGUACACAUUUCACUAACUUAACCUUUAUCUGUAGAAUGCAGAAUGCGGACAACUAUUCAAGGACGAAACUUAGCUGUGGGGUCCUGACUAUUUUACCAUUUGUAGAAUGGUGUUAGCUAUUCAAGAAAGGAGUUUGCCUUUGAGCCUCUGACUGUCUAUAUUUAUCUUAGAAUGUGGAUAACCUACCUGUAGGCCAUUAAUUAUUCUAACCUUCUUAUAGAAUGGUGAUACUAAUUUAAGAAAGAAAUCCUUUUUGCGCUUACUGUUUUACCUUUACCUGUAGAAUUAUGAUGAUUUUUCAGGGAGAAAAUUUACCUUGGAACUCUGACUAUCUUACCCUUACCUGUAGCAUUAUGAUGCUUAUUCAAAUAAUAAUCUAUUUAUGAA